CCGAUCCGUCCCCGAUCAUCGCACCACCUGUAGCCCACCUCGCUCUCGAGUCUCGACCCAGCGACGAGAUGGCCGCGGUGGAUCUGACCCCAAGGACGCCCAAGAAGGCCUACGGCGGCGACGGCGGCGCCUACUACGAGUGGAGCCCCGCCGACCUGCCCAUGCUCGCCGUCGCCUCCAUCGGCGCCGCCAAGCUCUCGCUCGCCGCCGGCGGCCUCUCCCUCCCCAGCUACUCCGACUCCGCCAAGGUCGCCUACGUCCUACAAGGCGUCGGUACCUGCGGCCUCGUCCUCCCCGAGGCGACGAAGGAGAAGGUGGUGGCGGUGAAGGAGGGCGACGCGCUGGCGCUGCCCUUCGGCGCGGUGACGUGGUGGCACAACGGCCCCGCCGCGCAGGCCGACCUCACGGUGCUCUUCCUCGGCGACACCUCCAAGGGCCACAAGCGGGGGCAGUUCACCAACUUCCAGCUCACGGGGUCCGCGGGCAUCUUCACGGGCCUGUCCACCGAGUUCGUGUCGCGCGCGUGGGAUCUGCCGGAGCCCGACGCCGCGAGGCUGGUGUCGAGCCAGCCGGCCUCGGGCAUCGUCAAGCUGCCCGCCUCCGCCGCCGCGCUCCCGGCGCCCUCGCCGCAGGACCGCGCCGGGGUGGCGCUCAACUGCCUGGAGGCGCCGCUGGACGUGGACAUCCCCGGCGGGGGCCGCGUCGUGGUGCUCAACACGGCCAACCUGCCGCUGGUGCGCGAGGUCGGGCUCGGCGCCGACCUGGUCCGCAUCGACGCCCACUCCAUGUGCUCCCCGGGCUUCUCGUGCGACUCGGCGUACCAGGUCACGUACAUCGUGCGCGGCAGCGGCCGGGUGCAGGUGGUCGGGCCCGACGGGAGGCGCGUGCUGGAGACCCGCAUCGAGGGCGGGUCCCUCUUCAUCGUGCCCCGCUUCCAUGUCGUGUCCAAGAUCGCCGACGCGUCCGGGAUGGAGUGGUUCUCCAUCAUCACCACCCCGAACCCGGUGUUCAGCCACCUGGCGGGGAAGACGUCGGUGUGGAAGGCCAUCUCGCCGGAGGUGCUGCAGGCGUCCUUCAACACCACUCCGGAGAUGGAGAAGCUGUUCCGCUCCAAGAGGCUCGACUCGGAGAUCUUUUUCGCGCCUCCCAGCUCCAACUGAAGCACCAGCUCUCCAAGACGGGGGAGAGGAGAUCGUUCUCGAUUGUCGUCAAGGUCAUGGUUAUUAAUAAUUAAGUUAGUGUCGUCGUCUUAAGUUAGCGUCGCGUCGUCGUCUUAAGUUAGCGUCGUCGAAGUCAGGGUAGAGCGAGAGGUAGAGGUCGUCUGUCAUCCGCCAUUGAACUGGAACUGCUUUUUCAAGAUGAAUACUACCCCUCUUUCUUAA